UCAAUUAAGGAUUGAAUUAGGUUAAAAUGCAAUUGAGCUAGUUUAUGUUUCUGUGUCAACUUAAGUUCCAUCACCACAUUACUCGACGCUGCACCUCCCUAAACCUUGUCCGUAUAGCUUCUUUUCGAGCUCAAUGCGCAAUCUCACUUCCUCUUGUUCCAUAAGAGCUUUCUCAUCUUCCCCACUUCUCCGCUCCAAUCAUCUUCCUUCAUAUUCACCUUCCAGAAAAUCUACACCUUCAAUUCAAUGCGCCGUUCAGUUCCGUCCUUGCAUCGACAUUCACAAGGGGAAAGUGAAACAAAUUGUCGGGUCAACCCUUAAAGAUUUGAAAGGGGAUGAUGGGUCGGAUCCAAUUACCAAUUUUGAGUCUGAUAAAUCAGCAGCUGAGUAUGCCACACUUUACAAACAAGAUGGACUCAAAGGUGGUCAUGUUAUCAUGCUUGGUGCUGAUCCUUUGAGUAAAGCUGCUUCCCUUGAGGCAUUGCAUGCUUAUCCUGGAGGUCUGCAAGUUGGAGGGGGAAUAAAUUCUGACAAUUGUUUGAGUUACAUUGAGGAAGGAGCAAGCCAUGUCAUUGUGACAUCUUAUGUAUUCAAUAAUGGACAAAUGGAUCUUGAAAGGCUUAAAGAUCUUGUUCGCAUUGUUGGAAAAGAGAGGCUUGUGUUGGAUCUCAGUUGCAGGAAAAAGGAUGGUAAAUAUGCAAUUGUCACCGAUAGAUGGCAGAAGUUCAAUGACGUGUCACUUGAUGCUGAAGUAAUGCAGUUUCUUGCUAACUUUGCCGACGAGUUUCUGGUUCAUGGUGUGGACGUUGAAGGAAAGAAGUUGGGAAUCGAUGAAGAGCUCGUGGCUCUGCUUGGCAACUAUUCACCGAUUCCUGUCACCUAUGCUGGUGGUGUGACUGUGAUGGAUGAUUUAGAGAGGAUAAAAACAGCGGGAAUGGAAAAUGUCGAUGUUACCGUAGGAAGUGCCUUGGACAUUUUUGGAGGAAACCUGGCUUAUGAAGAUGUUGUAGCUUGGCAUAACCAACAAAAGGUCCUCGUGGCUUAAGUAAGCAUCGUUGAGAAUUGUUGGGGGCAGGGGUGGAUGUGCUCUGAGCAAGUGGACAUUGGUUGUUGCUCGCAAUCAAUCCUAUCCGAGAAAUUGUGUAUUAUCUUGACUCGUUAGGAAAUGAUUGGACAACAUACCCGGAUAUGAAGGUCCUAAUUGACACCGUCCUACAAGCUUUUCGGGCCCAACGAGAUAUCCAAACCUCAAGGAGGGACGCCAACUCCAUUACAUGGAUUAAAGUGGCGUGUCCUCAACAACGUAAUCAAAUAGAUUGCGGGUAUUUCAUGUUGAGGUUUAUGCGAGAUACUCUUGCUUUGGGCCGAUUAAAGAUUCCCACCGAUUACUUUGAUGAAUUCAAGUGUGCAUUUUAUACAAAGGAUCAAGUGGACGAAAUCAAAGAGGAGUGGUGUCAAUUCAUGAUAAAGCUCGAUGUUUGUUCAUAAAUUUGUG